AUGUCGACUUCUCAUGUUCCAGGCUCAAAUGUGAAUGGUGUUGCUGGAGCUACUAUAAAUUCGGUGGUGGAACAUGUGGCUUCGCAGACAACUACAGUCAUAAAAGUUUCUGAUGCUGCUAUUAAUCCUGUGGUCCAUUUUGAUGUUGCUCAGCAGAUCAUUAACAAUGUGCAUACAUUCACAGGCUUAAACUGGUAUGGUGGUCUCUUUAGUGGUACUCGUAUUCUUUAUUUUUUUGCGGGCAGUGAAGAUUAUUUUAUCGUUACAGGGUUGGGAGUUUUGCUUCAUAAUUUGUUCAGGCAUGUGAUGUCUUCGUAUUUCAUUAGGGGCUUCAUCCCAGUAAUUCUUCCUCCCCAGAUCAGUAAAAUGGCAGAGAAAGUAGCAUCCUUUAAAACAGGCGGUGCACUAUGGUUCACUGAUCUUACAACGGCUGAUACAUCAUUCAUCUUCCCACUUCUAAUAGGAUUGACUUUCUGGAUUGCAGUAGAGGUGUCGUUAACAGUGUUUUCGAUAUGA